AUGUAUUUUGUACCCGGAGUAUCUACAGAAGAUUUAAAAGGAGCUCGUACCGCUCUCCAUUGCACAGUUUCUUGUUAACGAUGAACGAAGUGAAUUCUCUUGACUUCAGGAUGCUUCUACCAUCGGUUUUGCUGCUGAUAUUAUUGUUGUUGCUCCUCUACAAGAGUUCAAUGAAACCAAAAGGCUAUCCACCAGGACCACGGUGGCUGCCGAUUUUGGGUUCCGCCCUGGAAGUUGCACGGAUCCGAAAGAAAACCGGUUUUCUUCACACAACGUGCACUGAAUUAUCGAAGCAGUACGGUUCCGUGUUCGGUCUUAAAAUUGGCAAAGAUCGUAUCGUUGUACUCAAUAACUAUGAAAGUAUGCGUUCGAUGUUGACCAACGACGAGUGCGAUGGGAGACCCACAGGACCGGUAUACGAAGCACGCACUUGGGGCAAAAGAAGAGGUGUUCUAGUAACCGAUGGAGUUCUAUGGACGGAGCAGCGUCGUUUUUUGUUGCGUCACUUGCGAGAUUUGGGAUUUGGAAAAAACGAUAUGGCGACGAUGAUACAAGAGGAAGCAUCGCAUCUCGUCAAUAGUUUGCUCAAGCGUCUGGAGAGGAAUUCAUACGUUCGCAAAACUUCGGUCAACAGCAGCAACGCGAAGAACGAUGGUCGAAUUUACCGGCUGACGAAACAGGAGAAUCCCUGGAAAAAGAAAAAUUUGUCAGGAAGUUUGAACGUUUAUGAAACCACAUUCGGAGCUCACGAUAAAACUGUAAACGCUCCAAAACCAUUGAAAAUUGAAGACAUGUACGUCAAAGCCGAAGACUACGACGAGGUCCGAAAAGCUUCGAAUUUUUCUGAAAUAAUAAUUCAGAUGGAUGACACCUUUGGUGUUCCGGUUCUCAACACUCUUUGGAGAAUGAUGGCUGGCAAAAGAUUCACCCAAGAUGAUAAGGAACUGAUAAAUCUGCAAAAAAUUUUGAACAAAUUGUUACGAGAAUGCGAUAUGAUUGGUGCGAUGUUUGGUCACUUUCCAAUAUUGCGCUACAUCGCUCCAGAAAUGUGUGGCUACAAAAAAUUCAUGGAGACUCACCAACAACUGUGGGCCUUUUUAUAUGCAAGUGUUCCCAGCUUCAGAUUCCGGGCCAUUGAAUCUCUGCUUGAACUUCAGUAUUCUCAUUUUUGUUUGCAGGAAGAAUUGAAACUUCACAAACAGAAAUUCGAUCCCGAAGCUCCCUGUGAUCUCAUGGACGCGUAUCUCAAAAUUCUUCAAUCUGAAAAUCUUAAUGAAACGUUCUCAGAAAAGCAACUGUUGGCGAUUUGCGUGGACCUCUUCAUGGCUGGUUCGGAAACGACGACGAAAGCCUUGAACUUUUGUUUCCUGUAUCUGGUCCUUUAUCCGGAAGUUCAAAGAAAAGCGCAGGAAGAAAUCGACAGAGUCAUAGGUCCGGACCGUUUCCCCACUCUCGCCGAUCGUCCCCGGAUGACUUACGUCAAUGCCAUUGGCCUCGAAUCUAUAAGGAUGUUUAUGGGCAGAACGAUGAACAUACCACACAGAGCACUCAAAGAUACGCAUAUAAUGGGAUACAAAAUACCGAAAGAUUCAAUGAUAGUAGCGAAUUUCAACCGAGUUCUGAUGGACGAGUCUUGGGGCGAUCCAGAGGUUUUCCGUCCAGAGAGAUUCAUAGAUGCAAGAGGAAAUAUAUCGGUGCCAGAUCAAUUCAUGCCAUUCAGUAUCGGAAAGCACCACUGCAUGGGAGAAGUGCUUGCGAAGAGCAACAUAUUCGUGUUCACAGCUGGGCUCUUACAAAAUUUUGUAUUCUCGGUUGUCCCUGGCGAGGAGAAGCCAACGCCGGUGUUCACGGAUGGUGUUACCGCUGGAACAUUGCCCUUCAGGGUACUCGUUUCGAGGAGACUCUGAAACGUCAAAUUUUCAAAUAUUAGAUUAUGCAAAUUCAUUGCGACGAAUUAUAAAAAAUAAUUAUUCGCAAAGUAUAAGAAGCUAUAGCUGACAAUGGAGCUGACUAAAUGUCGCACUGAGCGAAACAAGCUCGUGAAAGAUUUAUGCUCGAUCCGGGCUCUAGUCAAACCAAUCUUUCAGAAUCGAUAUAUCUAACGGAUAAUAUGAAUCUGAUCGCGACGAAU